UCACACACACACACACACACACACACACACACACACACACACACACACACACACACACACACACACACACACACACACACACACACACACAGCUGUUUUUAUAAAGAGAACCAGAUAAAAUGCCAUGUCAAAAAAGGAAAAUGCAAUCCUCAGAAGCUCAAGCGCAGAAACCGGCCGAUCCGAGCUCGUCGUCGUCCGAUAGACCCGGCCGAACGUCUCUGCGGCCCCAGAGGUCCCAGAGGUCAGGACCGCCUCAGAAGAUGGUCUCUGUUACGUCUAAAAGCAGAUGUUCGACACAGCUAAGAGACAAUGUGGAAAACCCACCUCGUCGCUCCUCUCGACUGAAAACGCCCUCGAAAAAUGUGACAGGAGUAAAAAGGAAAAAGAACUCAAUGAAAGCCGCAGUGGUAAAGGAACUAGUUACUAAAACGAACACUAAAGCACCAAACAGAGAUGGAGACAAAUUGUGUCUGACUUCAGAUGUCCUUAAAAAAGGAUGGAGGAAAUACUCUUCAAGGAUGAAGAAGGAUAAAUGUCAGUCGCCGCUCCCAGAAGCGGCCUGUGCGGUGGCGACGGUGCUGUACCCGGUGCUAACAGACCACAGCUACGGUCAGCCUCCUGAUUCACACAGUGAAGAAACCACGCUGCCAGACAAAAACAAGGCAGGAGGAAUCACCAUGUUCGGUCUGGAGCUGAACGACGAACACGAUGCAGCGACGUAUCAUGCCAUGACCCAAGUGAGUCAGUACUCUGAGGCUCAACCAGCGCUCAAAGAACAGGAGGAAGUGGCGGUUGACCCCUGUGGGGAAAUGAGUGUAAACGUUGAGGCUGGAGGAGGCGUGAUGAGCGAGCCGCUGCCUCCUAUACAAGCAUUUUCUACCAUCAUGCAACAAUCUAGCUUGAACAAAUGUAGUGAGAAGCUCUCAGAUAUUGAUGCAUUUGCCAUGGUGAAUACUUGUUUCCUACAGGAUACACUACACAACCUGGGGGUCUCUGAUGCUCCUGGCAUGACCCAGAGCUCUCUGACCUCCGAGACACUGGAUGAUAUCGAGAUCGAACACUGUGUAGUUGAGAUCGAAACGUUGGAAGAAGUGGCUUGUGACCUCAGUGCCUUAGACAGUAACGAGCAGCCGCAGCAGGACAUGCAGGAAUUGAUGGGACUGAAAGAAACCAGCAAAGCUGUGGUGUGUAAGGAGAGUACAUCAACUCCUUCUCUGCCCCAAGACAGCGCAAAAGACUCCACGCAAGGUUCUCUCGCACAGGCCAGUGCAGAACCUCCUAAGAAGCAAGCAAUGAACCCUCAGGCCAGAACCAAGGCUCGUCUGGCCGCGAUGGCUAAGGAGAGAGCAGCCGCUGCCAGGAGACCACCUCCCAAGCAGCUCAACCUCCUGGCUCUGUGUGAGGAAAUCGCAGACGACAUCGCGUCCGACACGACGGCAGCGAAAGAAGAGAAUGUGGAGACGGGAGACGGCGAGGAAUCCGGUGAGACGAUUCGGUGUAAGAAUGAGGAAGACAACGCCACGAUUCCCGCCGUUUCCAGCGAUCUCUCCAUCCCAGAAACCCUCACCGAGGAGACGUCGGAACACGAGGCACAUGAGAGUACUCCUAAGAAACGCUUCUUCCUCAGCCAAGUGUCCAUCCCUCUGAAAACCCAAGAGAAAAAGAAGCUGUCCCGAUUCCAGAAACUGAGACAGGUGGAGCUGCAGAGGGACAAACUGACGUGGACGCGUGUUAAAAAGCUGAAAUCAGAUCAGGCUAAUCAGGACGAAUCAAAGGACUCCGAACAGACUUUAUCUGUUUCUGUAUCAACCAGCCAAGUCAGUCCUCCUCCUCCUCUUCCUCCUCCUCUUCCUCCACCCCCUACUCCUCCACCUCCACCUCAUUCUCCUGUACCAGUUGCUCCAGUGAGUGUAUUGAAAGUGAGACCCAGCGAGUGCAGGAGAACACUCCCUGCUAUGGCACCACCCAUGCCCAAUGGUGUUACCAGUUUAAAACCCAGGCCUGUUGUGGAGUAUAAGCCAUAUAAUCCCAGACCCAAAUACUCACCAGAUGACUUUGAGCUGGAUGAGCCAAGUGAAGAGCCUAGCAAGCCAGCUGUUCCCAAACAGGAGGGUCGAAUGGAGCAACCCUCAGCUUUGGCCGUGGAGUCGUCUAGAACUCUGGAAAAGCAAAUGAACAUGAAGACUCCAGUAUCUACAGGUACCAAGUCCUCUAACCAGCAGGACGGUUGUCAGACGACUUCAGCAGAAAAUACAGAACCCAAAAACAGGGGCAGCUGUGGGUCAGACGCAGAGCCGAGGGACGACGAGACAAAUGUAAGGGCUACGAGACUCGAAGGAGAGCAAAAAACCACCGACAAAACCCAGACUGCAUUUGGAGCUACGACCUGUAACGUGUGUGGGAUGCUGUAUUCUCCUUCCACCACCGAGGACGAGACCCAACACCUGCUCUUCCACAACCAGUUCAUCAGCGCUGUCAGAUACGUGGGUUGGAAGAAGGAGAGGAUUUUAGGGGAAUAUCCAGAUGGCAAGAUCAUACUUGUUCUCCCAGAUGACCCUAAAUAUGCACUGAAGAAGGUGGAGGAGAUCAGAGAGAUGGUGGACAACGAUCUGGGGUUCCAGCAAGUGGAGACUGAGGUUCCUUCACAGACCAAAACCUUCCUCUUCAUUUCAAAUGAUAAGAAGGUGACGGGUUGUCUGAUCGCCGAACACAUUCAGGAGGGUUACAGGGUGAUAGAAGAGCCGGUGCCAGACGGGUCGGAGGGGGAGAAGGUGAUGUUCGAGCGGCAGAGAGCCUGGUGUUGCUCUACUGUCCCAGAGCCAGCAGUGUGUGGGAUCAGUCGCAUUUGGGUUUUCAGCAUGAUGAGAAGGAGAGGCAUCGCGUCACGAAUGAUCGAGUGUCUCAGGAACAACUUCAUCUACGGGUCGCACUUAAGCAAAGAUGAGAUCGCGUUCUCAGACCCGACUCCCGACGGCAAGCUUUUCGCUACACAUUACUGUGGAACCUCACAGUUUCUGGUGUACAACUUCAUCAGUGGGACACGUUUAAAGUGACGACACACAUAAAGGGACCCAACACUUUCACUAAGUCUGUGUCUUUCCCAUAACACCACAGUAUAAGGACGGUUUAAACCCACAACACAUCUGGAGCUCCACCUGGGAAGAUUCCAGCAGAGACACAGGCUUAUUGUUAGCUCGCUUCUUUUAAAAAAAAAAUGUCGAUCAUGUUGGACUGAAUUUUUUUUUUUAAUGCAUAUCCUAAUAUGAUUUAAUUUCAGAUCCCAGAUGGACAGGGAAACUGAUCCCAGACAUCCAGUCCAUGUUCUAAUAAGUAAAGUUUUUUACCCAGUGGAGAUUUAUGACCUGCCUUAUGCAAUUAUGAUGUCUGCUCCAUCAAGGCCACCUCGUAUGGAAAUGUGCAUUGGGUCCACAGUAGCUUAUAGCUAUUGUUAAGUUUGGUGAAAAGUGUGUGCAAUUCUCUCAGGUUUAGUUCCAAGCCGAUUUUAAAGACUUCCCAUAUCUUGUAGAAGCCAUUUUGUCUAGAGCACAGUUGUAAAGCAGUGUUUGAUAAUCCUCUCUGAACCUAGGGCAAAAGAUUUGAAAUGUACUACUGCAGACGGCGUCUCUCUCCCGAGGCUAUCUUACAAUAACAGAACACUUCUUUUUCAUCUCAGGUAGUAUCAUCGAGCGACUUUUGGGACUGGAUUUAACCGAGCAUCGCUCUCCUGCCCAUCACACCCAUGUGUGCUCAUCACAAACCCAUUCAUUAUUCGAUCUAACACAUCGGUGGCUCCUCAUUGCUGCUGGCUUUGCACUGGGCACAUUUCACUGUGCUGUAAUGUAGAUGUGACAAAAUAAAGCGGAGGCAGAAAUAAUAGCAACGGGAGACUGUGUGUUAACUGUAAUGGGUUUGUAAUGAGCACACACACACACACACACACACACACACCGGUGUGAUGACCAGAGGAUACGCUGUAAGUCGAACUGCUUGGUUAAAUCUAAUCCCUUUAGUUCUAAUGAAGGGAAACUGUUAAUGCUACAGAAUACAAAGACUUAACUAAGUGUAUUUUCACCUUGGCUGCAGCUCAUGAGUGUGAUGGUCAGGUGACAAACACCUUCUGGUCAAACUGUAAGUAAUAAGAACGGUUGCACUUGCAGUGGUCAGUGUUCAUGUUAUAUAAAGGUAAAGUGGAAAAUGACAAAUGUCUGAAAACAAUAAAUGACUUGUUUUUGGCACCAGCAAAA